GUGAAGUCCAAUAAAGCUUUUGAUGAAAAGUAGUUUCUCUCACUGAAAGCUCAUAGCUACCAUCCCACUCCAUUCUUCUCUUUCUCUUGCCAAUGCAGAACUCCACCACGCUCUGCUUUACUACUAUCACAUGCUCAACGACCUAAUCUUUAUUGCUAUCAUCACACACUCUUCCACACUAUUUAGUAUUUUCUUCUUCUUCUUCUCUCUGUGUAGCAACUUCAACCACACUAGUGGAAAUCUUGUGGUUAUUGAAAUAUUGGGCAUUUUGAAGACUAUUGAAUCGCCGGUAUCUAUUGAUUGAGUUGAACAUACCAGCUGAGUUCUUGGCAGUACAAAGAUUGUUACUUAAUUAUUUUGAAAAAGUGUAGAUUAGAACAUUCGUUAAGGGAUUUUUGGGGGGCUUUUGUCUUGUAAAAUGGGUUGUGUUUGGUCAAGUAUUGAAGAGGAUGCGAAGGUUGGCACGUGCAAGGAAAGGAAGAAGGCAAUUAAACAGUUGGUUAAGAUUAGAGGGGAGUUUUCUGAUUCCCUAUUAGCUUAUUUGAAAUCAUUGAAGAACACUGGUGCUACCCUUAGGCAAUUCACUGAGUCUGAUUCAAUUGAGUUGGAAACUGCCUCUAAUGCAUCCCCUCUGCUACCGCCUCCGCGGCCUCCUUUUCUUGCUGACAAGACAACAGUGCACGAAGAUGAAAUACUAGAGAAUGAUGAGAGCAAUGUUCCUCCGCUGCAAAUUGAUCCAACUUUGAGCUCAUUAAGGCUUUUUCGAUCCACUGAUGGAAAGGAAAUGGUAGAACCAGGGGAAGAGGAUAAUUGGGAAGAAACCAAAACAGAAUUUGAGGAUGAAGAGGCAGAAGCAGAAGCUGCUGUAAUGGCUGAAAAAUUGCGUAGGGGCAAGCAACAGUUAAUGGGGCCUGUUGAUGAAAAUUCCUCUGCAAUGGAUUUGUAUAGAAAAGAGACUACAGCUAUGCCUGUGGUGGGUCGUAGAAGUGGGAAAACAUUGGAGGGUAUAGGUAAAGAGUUAGAUGAUCAAUUCCUGCUAGCAUCUGGAUGUAUAAAGGAAAUUGCUGUUCUGAUUGAUAUCAGUGGAGGAGAUACUAUUCUGUGGCAGAAUUCUGGGCAUCACGAUAGGAAGAGAGGCAAUUCUGCAAAGGUCUUCAAUGUACUGCCAUGGAGUAGGUAUUCAAAAUCACCUCCAUCCACCAAAGAUGGUGCUGAGUUUUCUGGUCAUAGUGAACCAUGCAAGCCUGGAGCUCAUUGUGCCACACUUAAAAAGUUAUAUGCAGCAGAGAAGAAACUUUUCAAGGCACUUAAGGAGGAGGGAGUUGCUGCCUUGGAGUUUGAUAGGAAGUCCUCAUUAUUGCGAAAACAAGAGGACGAGAACCUUGACUUGGUCAAGAUUGAGAAAACUCGAUCAAGUGUUGAGAAGUUGGAGUCCGAUUUAAUAAGCCUACGGCAGUGCAUCAGUGAAACAACUUCAUCAAUUUUGGAAAUUAUAGAUGAGGAGCUUUUACCCCAGCUGGUUGCAUUAACUGCAGGGUUGACACAAAUGUGGAGGACAAUGCAUAAGUCCCAUCAAGCCCAAGCACUCAUCUCCCAGAAGUUGAGCAACCUCAGUGAUAAUCAUAAUACAAUACUUAAUUCUGAAUAUCAUCCCCAGGCUACAAUUCAAUUUGAGACUGAGGUCUCUUAUUGGUAUAAUAGCUUUUGCAAACUUAUAAAAUCUCAGCGGGAGUAUGUGAGGACCCUCUCUAAGUGGAUUCAGCUUACCAACAGCCUCAGAGAUGGUCAAGAAUGUAGCAAUCACUCUUCUAUUCUUACCAUUUGUGAACAGUGGGAGCUUGGGCUUAACGGGUUACCCGACAAGGAGACUGCAGAUGCAAUAAAAAGCCUUUUGUCAUCCAUCCGUUUGAUAAUUGCACAGCAGACCGAGGAAGAUAACAAUCUGAAAAGGUUUAAAAAACUUGAAAGUAAAUUCCAUAAAUGCUUGAACUCCUUGGCUGAGAUGCAGCAAAGAAUAGAUGGAGAUAUCGCUGAUACGCAUCCAAUACAUCAUAAGAAAACUGAAACAGAAGCCGUUAAGAAGCAAGUGGAAAAUGCGAAAGCAGGUUAUUUGGAAGCUGUUCAAUAUAGUAGGGUCAUGACCCUACAGCAACUCCAAACUGGACUUCCCCCUCUCUUCCAGUCACUGAUGGAAUUUUCAAAUGCUUCAGCCCAGGCAAUUGAGGUUAUCAAUACCCCGAUGAAGCCAGAAGAAUAGAAUGCAGGGAUAUUGCGUCACAUAAGUAUUUUUCUACUGCCUGCUGCUUUGGAUGGUAUGAGAACAAAAUAUAUGUAUUGUAAAUCGUGUUCAUGACGGUUUGUGAACUGAAACAAAACUGUGUUGAGCCAUUCUUUAUGGUAUCAAAAUUUACCACCUACCGAAUUUUUUCAAUGGGCAGAGGGGUGAUUAGAAGUC